AUGAUCUUCGAAUUGUCCCUUGAUGCUAUGUUGAACCGCUCGCGAAGUCCUGAAUGCAUUGAGCCAAGACGAUCAAAAUCUGUCUGCUCGCCAAGAUUGACAGUCUCUUCAACAAACUCGUUGAACGAGCCAGAUGUGGAACGCUUGAACACACCGAGUCCCGUAAACUCAUCGCGAAACUCGUUGGUCGACUCGCAAGCUCAAGAGAUCAAGAAACAUUUUUCAUCCGCUCCACACCUUGACAAGCGUCCACUUACAUCGACAUUGUCCGUACCAAGGAACUCGCCGAAUUCGAUGAAAACCCAGCCAGCCAACAAAAACAAUCUCACCCCCGGAAAAAUCCCAUUAGCCGCCCGGAAAUCACUGGGUGUCGAGGUGGAAUUUAAGCUGUUCAGCUCGGAUUCCCUGGCUCCGAUCCAAAAUCAAAUACGAAAACUUUCACUGCGU